AUGAUUAAAAGAAAUCCAGCGUUCUAUGUUACUGUCGUCAUCACACCGUCAUUCAUUAUUAAUGUUCUCUGCAUCGUUGGACUAUUUCUGAAAUCUGAUCGUACGACUAAGCUUGAAAUGGCAUUAACGAAUAUUUUAUCCUUGACGUUCAUACUUGGAAUUCUCGCUGCUGUGCUGCCUAAGUCUAGUCAAAUACCUAAAAUUGGCAUUUUUAUCGUGAUCAACCUCGCGCUUAUGGUGGCAUCACUAGGCAUUGUUCUUCUUCUGCCAUAUCUUCGAUGUUUCCCUGUGCUGGUCGGCUACAGCGAAAAUGGUCCCGAAAAGAAAGAGCUAAACGAUAAGAAAGCACAUCACUGUACAAAAAAGGCAACCAUGACUGCCCGAAUUCUGGAUCUCGUCCUUCUCACUUCGCUCGAACUCUGCGAAACCUUGCAUUCCUCUGGUAAUUUAUAG